CCUCUCCACACUUUCCUCCUUACUCGCACAAACACAAAAUGUCUUCAAUCGGCACUCUCUGGACGACGCCUCAACAGGGGAAGGGCAAGAUCAUCCGCGCUGCUGCUGCCCUUGGCGGACUUCAGGUCGACUUGCCUGAGCACUACGUCCACUUUGAGGACAACAAGAAGCCCGAGUUUCUCGCUAAGUUCCCUCAUGGAAAAAUUCCUGCCUUCGAGGGCAAGGAUGGUUUCAAGCUUUUCGAGGGCUCCGCCAUCGCCCGCUACGUCGCCUCCCUUGCCCCCAACUCUAACCUCCUUGGUACAAGCACAAAGGAGGCUGCCCUCGUUGACCAAUGGGUCUCGUUCGCGGACUCCGAGAUUGGUUCGUUCACUGGUGUCAUCUUCGGUCUCGUUAACGGCAGGAUCACUCCCUACACCAAGCCUGUCCACACCCACUUCGCUGAGCGCCAGCUCCGUUCCCUGAAGACCCUUGACACCAUCCUUGCCACCCGCACUUUCCUCGUCAACGAGCGUAUCUCCCUCGCUGACCUCACCGUUGCCGCCGAGAUCCAGCGUGCGAUGAACGUCACUAUUGACGCUCCCAUCCGCGCCCAAAUUCCCAACGUAAUCCGUCACGUAGAGACCAUCGUCAACCAGCCCCAGUUGAAGGAGAUCUACGGCGAGCUGCAAUACCUCGAGAAGGCGCUCGCCUUCACUCCUCCGCCCAAGGAGAAGAAGGAGGCGAAGCCCGCCGCUGCACCCGCCCCCAAGGCGGAAAAGAAGAAGAAGGAAGAGGAGGAAGAAGAGGAGGACGACAUCCCCAAGGAGGAGCCCAAGGCGAAGAACCCCCUUGACUCACUCCCUAAGUCCUCGUUCAACCUCGAGGACUGGAAGCGCGCGUACUCUAACAAAGACACGCGUGGGCCCGACGGCGCUCUCGAGUGGUUCUACCAGAACUACGACCCCGAGGGCUUCUCUGUCUGGCGCGUUGACUUCAAGUACAACAACGAGCUCACGCAGACGUUCAUGUCGUCGAACCAGAUCGGCGGCUUCUUCAACCGCCUCGAGGCGUCGCGCAAGUACCUCUUUGGCUCGAUGGGUGUCCUUGGCGAGACCAACAACUCGAUCAUCUCUGGCGUGCUCAUCGCGCGCGGCCAGGAUAUUAAGCCCGUUGUGGAUGUCGCCCCCGACUGGGAAUCGUACGAGUACAAGCGCUUGGACCUGAACAACCCCGAGGACAAGGCGUUCUUCGAGGCCGCACUCGCAUGGGAUCUCGAGGUCGACGGCAAGAAGUGGGUGGACGGCAAGAACUUCAAGUAAAAGUGCUUGCUUCUUGUCCGUUAGAUGUAUCAUUUACUCUCAUCAUGUCCUUGUCAUGCUUGUGUCGCUAGUCCGGGGGGUUUGUUGUGUUGUUGCAGUAUCAAACGAAAUGCAAAAAGAAUUGUAAAGAGC